UAACCAACUGUUGGCUUGGAUAGGUACAAGGACUUAAGGAUCGCGCCCUCGCCGUCUGCCUAUUCUUUUUUCUUUCUUUCUUUCUGGUUUUUCCUUUCACCACCUUUUCUGCGUAUCCUUUGGACUGUCGAGCGACUGCAUAGCUAUCUACCGUUUGUUAUUACAGAUGACUACGUACUGCGCGAGGCGCGAGUGAAGACUGAUUACGCUGAGAACUCACUACUGUACAACAUGUCCGGACACGAUAUCUUCGUCGCUGUCGCGGCCAUCGUGACAGCCUUCCACAAUGGAGCCGAGCUCGCGACGCGCAUCAAGCCCCGGCACCACCCGGGAGACGACGACAAAGACUCUCGGGACGAGUUCGAGUCCGAGAGGCGGAUGCUCCAAGUGUCUCUCCAGACUGCAGAGACACAAGUAGCUUAUCACUAUGCAGCCAUGAAUCAGAUGCGAGAUAUCGUGCGCGUUGGAGACGCCCUUGCGCGCGACCGUUUGCACCAUGUCAUUGUGGUUAUCCAGACGGAUAUCAUUGCCGGGCUGCAGCUGGCCGUCGACUACCAAAGCGCCGUGGUCGACUUGCCUGCGCUGCACGAGGCCGCCAUUACGAACCGCAAAACCACCAUCGAGGCCUUGGACGAGUUGAAGCAACGGGUGCUGUUCGCGCAGCCAUCGCCACCCCUGCACCAGAGAUCAGCUUCGCCUUCGCCCCGCAUAUCCCGAGACUCGCGAGGCUCAAUCAUAUCGGUGCUGCCUUCGCAGAGCCCUCCACCAGGCGACCAAGAUGCUAUUCUAGUCAGCAACCCUGCAGGAGAGCACGCCCUCGACCGCAUCCGAUCCUUUUCUGCACACCGCAAAGAGAGAGAAAGCGUGGGUAGCCUGGGUAAAAUUAAAUCCCGGACAUCGACGUCGUCUCAAAAUGCAGACUUCCACCCAGCCCUCAACUUCCUCCUGCAGUCCAAGUCACCCGAGGAACGAACCGCCAUCAUGGAGGAGAUUGACGAGCUUAUCCUUGCGUACCAGAAUUUGAAUUUCAACUACGACAGAGGAUCCACCAUUGCGAUGCUGAACGGGCACACGAGAGCGAACAAGAGGGAUACCCUGGCCAUGCUGAUGGGCAUGGACGGCGGCGAUGGAGACAGGACGGCUCUGGACAACGCCGCCAUGCAGAUGCUCCGGUCGCCAACAAGAGACGAGAAGGACAGAGAGCACAUCUUCCCCAGCUCGCACCGCACCAACGGUGCCCCCAGCAGCGACCAUGCCAACGAGCCAGACUCGGUGCCCUCGCUGCGCCGCUGGUCAAACUCAUCGUCAGUCUACUCAGACCACACCAUCAUGUCGUCCGACCCACCAUCGUUAUACCGCUACGGAUCCGGGUCCUCGCGCGGAUCCGACGCCCAUCCUGCUGAACCGCCAUCACCUCCUAGACAGCACUUCCAGCGGCCAACCUCGUUCCAGCAGCACACGGGAACCGGCGUCUUGGACACGUCACGGCAUCUGCACACCCCAAAGGCAACGACAACGACGUUGCUACCAACUCCUCCUGGUUCUGCAAGGCCGGACUCUCUCGCUGUAGCGCCGCUCGCGGUACGAUCACGACCUACCACGCCGACGACACCAACGAAUGCGCUCAAGGCCGCAGACGACAAACCUCUUCCUCCUAUCCCCUGGAAUCAGCAGAGACUGGACGAGGGAGAGAAUCUAGGCCAACGAGGAAACGGCAAUGGCCAGUAUCACCACCAACACCAGCAUCAGAAUCACUUGAUGCCUUCCAACACGCUCCACCGACCAACACCCCAUCACAACCACCAUCACCACAACUCUCAAUCCAGACCGCACACACCGACAUCCCACAGCACGCUCCACAACCUCCUCCCCAAAACACCACACCUCAAGAACCCCCUCCACAUCGCCAACACCUCCCUGCUAAAAUCCUCAUCCCGCUCAACAACCCCACUCCCGACGUCUACACCCCACCACCACCAACACCAACACCAACCCCAAUCCAUCCUCCCCACACCAACCCCAGCCCUCCUCCCCGCAAACACAACCCCAUCCAAAGAAAACAACUACCUAGGCUACUGCAAAGGCGCCUGGACGAUCCGCGCCUCGCCGCUCUCCGCCACCAACCCCAUCCCCAAAGGCCUAGCCCUCGAAACCCGCCCAACAGGAAUGUACAGCACAACCACGAUCCUACAAUGCCGCGCCUGCGAGUUCGAAGGCGCAACCUACUCCCUCCCCCCCUCCUCCAAAAAAAACCCCCUCAAAAAAGAAAAAGAGGUUAUCACUCCCGACCCCCGCAUUCACAAAUCCAGCACAGGGAUCCGCUACCGCUGGCUGUUCCUCGCAAAAUCCCACGUCAAGCAACUCCACCCGACCCCCGUUGUCAAACUCAACAACGGGGUUAAUGCUGGCGGCGCCGAUGUAGGAGUUACUGCGUAUGGGUGUUUGCUUUGUACGGGGUUGGGGGUUGUCACGGGGGUGUACGGGAAUGUGGAGAUGCUUAUGAAUCAUAUUUUUAUGGAGCAUGCGAGGGGUGGGAGGGUGGGGAAUACAGAGGGAGGAAUAGGAGGGGGAGGGGGAGGGGGAGGAGGAGGAGGGAUAAACGACAAGCUGCUCAAAGAGGUAAAUUGUAUAUGGGGCCGGGUAGCGGGGAAAGACGAGGAGUGGGAUUUGAAUGUUAGUAAUGAGGAUACUUGUGUGGUUUUGUUUUAGGAACCUCACACCUCUCCCUCCUUUUUCCCUCUCCUCCUCCUUUCUUUCUUUCUUUCUUCUCCU